UGAAUAAUAAAUUUCUUCUUGGUAAUCAUUCCUUUUCAAUUUACAAAAUAUUUUGAGUCAUGAUUAAAAAAUAGUUUGAAUAUAGCAAAUACGGAGCUUAUUAGAAUCAAAGCUUUACGCGUAAGUAAAUAAUUUAAUGGUAAAUUUUUUGUACAUUCAACUUGGCUAUUUAACAGCGUUUAACCACAGACCUUCGAUUGCCGUUGUUAACAGUCCCAUUUUUUACCGAAAUCAAGUCUUUUUUUAUAAAAUGCUGCCUGUAGGAGUUCAAUUUAAAUUACUACCAAGUUUUUGUUGGCGCAAAGCUACUUUACAGUGCAGGGGAAUGCAUAUUAAGCGCGUGGAACUAUAUAAGAAAUGUUUUCGCAUACUAGGCGUCAAUGAAGCAGCCGACCAAAACACUGUUCGUAAUGCGUACAUCGAUUUGGUGAAGAGAGUCCAUCCGGACUCUGGCCUACCGGAAGCAAGCGCUGAACGGUUUCAGGAAGUAGACGAGGCUUUCAAAGUUCUACAGGAAAAGUUCGCCAAAAAUCGACGGAAUAUUUUUGAAGACGAAGAAGAGGAAGUUUUUGAUAUAAAGCAUACGGCGCCGCAACAUCGUCAGUACCUUAGUUAUGAUGGUGUCGGUGUCGGCAAUCCUUUUCAGAGACAAAAACAAUACCAACAAAUCAAAGCAAUGAAAGCGCAGGAGCGUGUUUUAAGUCAUCGCAUUGAGAAAUCGCAAGCUGGAGAACGUACAAUCAUGAAGAAAGGCACCUUUUAUAAAAAUCACGCAAUCAAAACAAAAUAUGGCUUUGAUCGCAUUUGUGAGGAUCUCAUUCAAGAGGCCAUGGCAAAAGGCGACUUUGACAAUCUGAGAUGUGCUGGAAAGCCGUUGAGUAGCGCGCAAACACAAAAUCCCUAUUUAGAUUUUACAACGCACAAAUUAAAUAAAAUACUACUUGACAACGGUUUUACGCCGGAAUGGAUAACACUACAACGCGAUAUACGCGAGGCAGUUCAAAGACUCCGCGAUGAAUUACGCGCAGAGCGAUGUUUCUUUGGAGAUUAUCCACUUAAUGAAAAAGAAAGCAGCGCCUGGCAGCAAGUAUUGGAGCGAUAUAGUGACGACGUCAAGCAAAUUAACAAAAAUAUAGACAAAUAUAAUUUAAUCGUACCUAUACUGCAAAAUCAACUAUUUCGCGUCAAUAUAGAUAAAGUGUCUGAGCAAGUCCUAAGCGAUCCAGAGGCAUUGAAGCAUUUUAAGCGGCAAGAUGAAACCACGAGCGUUAAACAAAACUCUGGAAAUGUUUCAAAAACUGAUAUAUUCACUUUCAUAGGUUCGUUGUUUUAAAUGCGAAAGAGAUUGGAUAGACCCGAUGGCAAGUUUGAUUACCAACCAUAUAUGUGAUGUUGGGCCGCUGGAGGCUGUAGUGAUAUGUAAAUUUUAUUGGAAUUUUGAAUAAAUUUUUGAUUAUUUGCUUA